UUUCCACCCGGCCCGCCUUCGUUUGUUUUGUAUCGGAACCCAGGUCUACCCACGUCGUCAGGCCUAAUGAUAAAUACAGAUAUGUAUGUAUAUACAAAUAACACUAUUUUAUACCUUCGAAUCAACCGGGCGAACAAGCACUCAUUGGUCAUGUAUGGAAUCAAUUGGCACUGAAAGGGAACCAGCCUGCCUUUGUUUAGUGUCGAAGAAGUAGUGAAGUUGUCCUAUGGCUAUACUUAUACCGCGGAAUGUAAAUGUAGGUUUAAAAUGUAUACUCCACAACCAUGGUUUAUCGUAGCUAUAAAGUUUGUAUAUUAGUGUAAUAGCCUGACAGUGGCCAGUUUGGUUGGUUGGCACUUUGGCGUGAGGACAUGUGUAAUAGUGUAACGAUAUUGAGAUGGACCUACAUGUAUAUAUAUAUCAGUCCUAAGGCUAUCGGCUGUCGUAUAGGGAUAACACGACAUGUCACUAAACAGGAGGAAAACUAACUAAGGCGGAGGGGAAUCACUAUGGAAUAUUGCCCACCUUAACCGGCAUUUAGCAUGAAGUUACGAUAACAUCAAAAAUUUGCAAGUUGUAGCAUAAUGAAAUGUAAAGUGGGUAUACGAAAUAUUUGUCUGUUGGAUUCUUGAUGGUUGUGACUUAGAAUACUUGUUACAUACAGAUAUCUUGUAUAAGUAGCACAUGACUACAAUUCAAAUCAAUAUGGAUGUUUAAUGGUGUCCACACAUGUUACAGACCUUUGUUUUCCUAGAGAACCGCUCGUAUUAGAUGAGGAUAAUCUCCGACAAAAUGACGCAUAUGCAGAAAAAAGUGGUGGAGUUUAUCUCCAAAAAACCUUCGGACAGGAGGGAUGUGAUCAUACAGAUAUUUCUACCCUGGCUGAGGAAGAAAAGCGAUCUCCUACAGGAUAUGGACAAAGGUCUGUAGCGGUAUGGUGUGGAAGUUUGUCAUUGAUAGAUCAUAAAUAUGUAUUCAUUUCCGAAGUACAAAGGGACAAUAUCGACAUGUAUCCAACAAAGAUAUCCUCACUGACGUCAUGAGGAACUGUGAGUACCAAAAGGCAAAUCGAGAUGACGUGAUCAUCAGUCAAGGAGAACAGGGAGACAGUUUUUACAUCAUGCUGACCGGUAAAACGUCCGUGUACAUCACCCCAAUCAAACUUGAUGAAGACCAGCAGGAAAAGACACCAGACGUGCAGGACCAAAACGAAGAGGAAAAGAGCACUGUAAACGAAGAGGAUUCCGACGAAGAAGUGAAAACAGAAGAAAAUGAACCACUCGAUCGGUCGAAAUUUGGGAAAUUUAUAAUGCAUUAUGAGGGCGGUAAGAGUUUCGGAGAGGUAGCCUUGAUGAGUGAGGAUUCCGUGAGGAACGCUACCAUUAUAGCAGACGAGGAUACUGAUCUUCUUGUUAUCAGCAGAGAACUCUUCAACCGAUCAAUCAAGGCAAAACAGGAAGAAGAAUAUGAGGAAAAGAAGGAUUUCAUCAAUAAAAGCCCGUUCUUUCAUAACUGGUCUCCAAAGUUCAAACGUCUCCUGGAAAUGAGCAUAAGGAAAGAGCAGUAUCCAUUUGGUAGUACUAUUGUGAGGCAGGGGGAGUCAGCCUGCGGACUGGUGUUCCUGCUGAGUGGUCAAGCGAAGGUGACCGUCAAUCCAUCUCAUCACAACGGCCAGUUUCCAUUAUUGACGAAACAGGAAAUCAAUCCAAUCGCCAAGGAAAUAGGAAGAAAUUCAUACAACAAAAUAGUAAAGAGGCGAGAACGCAACUUCACUCAGCAUCAGAUACAGAUUCGCAGGAAAGAGGGGUACGCGGCGGCAGAGAAGAGGGUAAUGAACCGCACGGUGGAGCUGUGUUGUAUCGAAUCUAACGACGUCGUAGGAGAUAUAGAGAUGGUAAUGGAGUUAGAACGGAGUACGUGUACGGUUAACUGUACUGAGAACACGACAGUGAUGGUGCUGGACACGAAGAACUACGACAGACUCAUAGCCAAGAAAAACAUACACACUAUUAGGAAACUGUGCAAGUCCGCUCUACAGAAGGUUCUGUGCAGAGCCAAUUCAGGCAAAGGAUCUCAAGUACCACUGCUAGAUAUACUCCAGAAAAAGUUACAAGAAAAACUGCCGUCAAAAGACGAAAACAAUUUCAAACCUAAAACUGAUCGAUCUAAAUCAGUUGUGAUGGAUCAGUUGAUUCAGUUCUUCCUGAAAGGCAAAACACCUCUCAUUGAGCCGUGUGUACCCAAUUCUCUGUAUUAUCGGAUGAAAUCCGAAAAACGUGCAAAAAUGAUAGAGAUCAAUGAAAUGAAGUUGAAAGGACAGGUGACGGGGACUAAGGUUGAAAACAGGCUUUAUGAGUAUCGACCCCGCAGAAAGGUCCCGCGGAGUAUGAAACAACUGAAGAGCAUGCGAGUGGAGAAUGAUCUCCUAAAGACCACGCAGUCGGCGUGGGAUUACACACAAACGUCCCUUACUAGUCUGCGUCCCCGCACCGCGCUCGGUAUACAUAGAGAUAUCAGUCAGCCUCCGACCUCUAGACCACAUACCGCCGGAAUAUUCCACCUCACUGAAUGUAACAACGUUGACGCGGAUUCGGUAGUGUCGCCUACAAGAGACGAACCAAGUGGUGCCGUGUCGGAUAUACUGGAACAGAUCGACCAGGUACAGAAAGAGAAAACGGAAGUCAGAUCUAAAGUUAUUUGUUCUGCAAUGGCCGUUAAUGAAAUUAACAAAACGAGCAUGAGGAAUGGGGGCAGUUCUACAAGCGCAUUGACGGCCAUGGAACCUUUCGAUGAAGAUUAUUUUGAUUGGGAAACGAGUGAAAGGAAUCUCUGUAAUCUCGAAGAUCGGAUCAAACAGUUCUGCGCUGACGGGGAGAGCAAACCAACCAAAGUGACACCACAAGUAGCUCCUCUGAGAAGAUUCAGCAUUCGCGACGAAAAAGAGGACGAAUCAUCAUUUGAGGUUAAGGUUCCAAAACCUGGAGGAACGGUGUUCAUAAAGUCAAAGCCAUGUCAUCUCCCUCCUAACGCAAAUAUCCAUCCUGACGGGCAUCAGCACGUUCGGCGGUUCGUUGUGACACGUGACGAGACACACGACUUUUCCUCUAUGUUGUCAAGACGACCAAAAUCUGCACGUCCUACUCGCAGCAUCAGCCCGGCAUCACUCAACGGCAGAAGACCGAAAACUGCUAUUGGAGGAAGAACAUCUUAUAGUCGAACUGAAUCUCUUGUACAAAUGGUUGCUUCGUAAAUGGAACGUGAAUAACUUAGUGUAGAUAAGGCAGACUCAUAGAUUAUCGUCCAGACAGUGAAAACGUGAUCGUCUUUUCACGGUACUUUAUUACAUUACCAAAUCUGUCACAUUUUAUCUGUUGAUUAUCGAAGAGUUGCAGGAGAAUUUCAUUAUAUGAUAAUAUCUUAAAAAUGAAUUGGGAUUUAACACUAAA